AUGACGAAGCGUGGGGCAAGAAGCCGUGAGAAGAAGGAGAAGCAACCGAGAUUUCUAGGAGGCAUCAUCCUUCCAACAGAGAAACAAAGGAAGGCGAUGGAGAAAGACGCAGCGGAUAAGGAAAGGAGAAUUUCGAAAUCCAAGUUCAAAUUAUCAACUGCUGAUAAGACUGUGGCUGGAAAAGGAAAAGCUCCUUUGAUUCAAUCUGAUGACUCUGAUAGUGAUUCGGCACCUGAAGAGCUUCCUUGUCUGAGCCACUGCUCCAAAAAGGACGGACCCGAUUUUGAUAAGCUCCAUCUCCUCAAGAGGCCUGAUCUGGGGAAGAUGUCCGUUUGGUCUUCAGAAGAGUAUGAGCAGUAUGAUGCUUACCUUAUCAUGACGUGGAAGAUUGGUGGCUGGAAUAAGAAGGACCGUGUGUAUGCGGUAAGAAAACAAACUGAAAACCUAUUCGAUAUCGUUCUCUCUCUUUGUUAUCUUCAGUCCAUCAGGGAUUACAACUCCAAAGUGGCUUGGACAGCUCGGAGAGAUUUUAAGCAAACUCUGCUGGUGCUUGGGAGAGAGCUGCCGCCUUUCACUGAGAAACCAGAUCUCUCAAAGAUGGCAUAUUGGACUCCAAAUGACUAUGGAAACUAUGAUCAAUUUCUGAUCAGGAAGUGGCAGCGAUCUGGUUGGGAUGAAAGAGACUAUGUCUAUGUGAGCAUGAGAGACCGCAGUUCUUUGGUGUCGAAGACCGCUCUUUCUCUCCGCUGA